UGUAACCUAUGUGUGCGAAACUGGUGGAGACUGUUAACUGGUUGAGAAGGAGGCACGCACUUACUCAUGACGUAGUUUUAGCACGGGUCAAGCACGAGUCACCUGAUCAUCUAGGACAAUUUCGCGUAGCGAACAGCUGACUUCAUUACAUUGGAAAACUAUCUGGACAAGUUGAAUUAACCAGGGCGUGUGGGUGACGGAAAACAGAGGCAUCGGCGAUUUAUGGAAUAACAGUGAAGCGUCUAUAGUGGAUAUAACGAAAAGAAAAGUUAAGCGGCGGAAUCCCCGAACAGAAACUUGAGCAGCGGUCGGGCAUCGUCCUACCAUUCACUGUAAAGUGAGCACCAGUUUCCUGUAAAUGAAUUACGAUCAGCCACCUGCCUAUGUGGGCCCCGGUGCCUCUGCCCCUGGCUACCCCGGUGCCUCUGCCCCUGGCUACCCCGUUGCCUCUGCCCCUGGCUACCCCGUUGCCUCUGCCCCUGGCUACCCCGACCCCUCUGCCCAAGGGUAUCCUGGAUAUCCUACACAAGGGUAUCAAGCGUACCAGGGUCAAGGGUAUCCAGUCACGUCAGAUAUAACCAACCAAGCCUACCCCACAUAUCCACCUGGACCUCCUGGGGCAUACCCACCACAGCCGGGCUACCAGGGAUACCCGGUGCCCCCACAACCCCAGUUUGGAUGGCAAGAUGGCCCACCUGGACAAGCGUACGGGGAACCUCCGAAAAACACAGUGUAUGUGGUGGAGGAGCGGCGGCAAGCUGACUCAGGGGGGUCUGGGCAGGCCUGUCUGACCGCCUGCUGGACAGCCCUCUGCUGCUGCUGCCUCAUGGACAUGAUGACCUGAUCUUGACUCGCAUGUGACCUCGUUUUGAUGACCCAACAAGAUAUAACCAUAAAUUGCCUGUAAGACACUUUCUUAUCCUUGUGACAAAAGCUUGGAAGGUAUUUCUGGGAUUACAAGCUCUUUAGUUAGGGAUGGCUACUGUAUGUAUGAAAUCAUUUUAAAAUUAAACAUUAUUUGUUGUUGAUGCUGCUCUUGAUGCUUGUUUAUAUAUUAGAUGAAAAAGAUCAUCUUGCUUAAGUAACUGUAACUGCAGUGAUUUUCAGGAAUUAACCACACAUUUUAUUUAUAAACACCUGAAUGUGUCCAAUUCAUACUUUUUAGUUAGGACUGAGGAAUUCUUAAUCAAAUAAUUCUUUUGACUGUGUAUGUUAUAUUAUGUGGGUGGCCAGAGUAAUACAAAUACAGAUGACCUGAAAUACGAGUAACAGCGACUAGGGGAUUCAAGGAACAAACACACCUUCACAUUUACAUACUGGUAAACAACGUGCGUACUUUCAAGACAUAGGCUCACACUUCAUGUAACAUUUGAAAACAAUGUCAUUAAGUGCCAAAUUGCCACAUUAUGUCACAAAUGUUUGUGUCCAAUGGCAGUCUGUGUUUCCACGUUAUAAUGACUGUUCUACCAUGACUGCUCGUGUAUGUUUGGAGGGAUUUUUCUGUCAUUACCGAUCUUACAAGAAAUAAAUGUGCCUCACCCACUGUG